UGGUGUAGACACGGGGGCGGCUUCCCCCCACGAUUGCGUCUCUCCCGCAAAUACGCUCUUGGUACAACCCGGGGAAUCCCCGCCGCGGCCCGCCCCCUGGCGUCACGGAGUCCCCGGGAGGCCCCGCCCCAGCCCACCCGAGCCUUCCAAGGAGCCGUUGCCCACGCGGGACAGGCGGGAGAGCGCGGCCAUGGCGGGGCCCUGCGGCGCCGGAGCGCCCGCCGCCCGCUGGAAGCGCCACAUCGUGCGGCAGCUGCGGCAGCGGGACCGCACGCAGAAGGCGCUCUUCCUGGAGCUGGUGCCGGCCUAUAACCGUCUCCUAGAAAAGGCUGAACUGCUGGCCCGGUUCUCAGACAAGCUGCAGCCAGAGCCAAACGAUGUCACUCCUGCUCCCCAGCAGGGCCCUGGGGAGGAGAAGUCGCGGUCUAACUCAGACCAAGUCCCAUCACCGGACAUUCUGAGGGUGAAAUGGCAAGAGGAGAAGGAGGGACUUCGGCUGGUCUGUGGUGAGAUGGCCUACCAGGUGGUGGAAAAGACCGCAGCCCUGGGCGCCCUGGAGUCCGAGCUGGAGGAGCGGCAGGGCAGGCUGGCGGCUCUGGAGGAGCAGGUGGCGCAGCUGCAGGAGGAGCGGGCCCAGCACGUGAGGCAGGUGGACGUGCGGCGGUCGCGGAACGUGGCGCAGCAGGCGGCCUACGAGGCGCUGCGCCUGCAAGCCCGGCUGCAGGAGGCGGCGCUGCGCAGGCUGGAGGAGGAGGCGCGCGACCUGCUGGAGCGGCUGGUGCAGCGCAAGGCGCGCGCGGCCGCCGAGCGCAACCUGCGCAACGAGCGCCGCGAGAGGGCCAAGCAGGCGCUGGUGUCCCAGGAGCUGAAGAAGGCUGCAGAGCGGACAGUGAGCAUUAGCGAGAACCCAGACACCUCAGGCAAUGAGACCAGAGAGAAGGCUGAGAUGACUCUCACUCUGCUCGCUGAGCCUGAGUUUCUGGAGAGUGAGGCUGGUGAGAAGUUGAAGAGGCCCUUCAGGUCUGCCUCCGCCACCUCCCUGACGCUGUCCCGCUGUGUGGAUGUGGUGAAGGGGCUUCUGCAUUUCAAGAAGAGGAGAGGACACUCAAUUGGGGGACCCUCCGUGCAGCAGUAUCAGAGCAUCCCUGUGUGCGUGGCUGCCCGACUUCCUACCUGGGCUCAGGAUGUGCUGGAUGCCCACCUUUCUGAGGUCAGUGCAGUUCGUUUUGGUCCCAAUAGCAGCCUCCUGGCCACUGGAGGGGCUGACCGCCUCAUUCACCUCUGGAAUGUUGUGGGAGGUCGCCUGGAGGCCAACCAAACUCUUGAAGGAGCUGGUAGCAGCGUCACCAGUGUGGACUUUGACCCCUCGGGCUCCCAGGUAUUGGCAGCUACUUACAGUCGGGCUGCUCAGCUCUGGAAGGUGGGAGAGGCACAAUCCAAGGAGACACUAUCUGGACACACAGACAAGGUGACGGCUGCUAAAUUCAAGCUAACGAGGCACCAGGCGGUGACUGGGAGCCGAGACCGGACAGUGAAGGAGUGGGACCUUGACCGUGCCUACUGCUCGAGGACCAUCAAUGUCCUUUCCUACUGCAACGACGUGGUGUGUGGGGACCAUGUCAUCAUCAGCGGCCACAAUGACCAGAAGAUCCGGUUCUGGGACAGCAGGGGGCCCGGCUGCACACAGGUCAUCCCUGUGCAGGGCCGGGUCACCUCUCUGAGCCUCAGCUACGAUCAGCUGCAUCUGCUCAGCUGUUCCCGUGACAACACACUCAAGGUCAUCGACCUGCGUGUCAGCAAUAUCCGCCAGGUGUUCAGAGCUGAUGGCUUCAAGUGCGGUUCUGACUGGACCAAAGCCGUGUUCAGCCCAGACAGAAGCUUUGCACUGGCCGGUUCCUGUGACGGAGCCCUGUAUAUCUGGAAUGUAGACACUGGGAAAUUGGAGAGUAGCCUACGGGGACCCCACUGGAUCAGAUUUCAGGAAAACAUUCCACAGAAGUACAUUUGUUCUUUGGCCAGUGGGACCAGGAGAGCGGUCCGGGAACAAGACGCUCUUUGGCAGUCACAGGGUUCUUGGCAGGUCGAGCAGUAACAGAGCAAACACAGGGAGAGUCUAGGAAGAAACAUCCCGGUUGUGUCAAGUUGUGAGACUUUGGGACAGAUGAUAAUUCUCCCCCUUAGCUAACAUUUCUGCAACGUGGCUGUAUUUCUGUCAUGAAAAACAACUUCGCAAUGAGCAACAUGAAUGCAGAGUCCGAGCAGCCAGAUUGUGUCAGGAGGCCACUCUGAGAGGGUUAGGCCGUUAGUGGCCCCACAGGCAAAGCUGCAGCUGGGCUCCUCGGGCAGCCAGUGAACAGUGGAGCCUGGGAUGCGAUCCCGACCUGGAAACUGAGGGUUUGCUCUGUCUCAGGGGACAGUGCAGGGGCUUGGGUUUUCCAAUUGCUGGCCAUCUGGGAAGUCUCUGUGUGCGAGUCUGUUCUCAGAUACUGCAACCUUUCUGUGCGACAUUCUCACUCUGCAUCAAGAAAGAAAACUUAUCUAGAACACUGGGAGUUGGAUAAGCCCUUGGAAAUCACCCGUUUUCACUCCUUUUAUAGCUGGGGAUGUGGCAGCAUGGAGGGAAAGGUCCCCCACGUCCUCUCACUAGCGUCUGUGUCUGGCUGGUGGACGUGGUGGUCAGAGAAGAAAGGGAUCCAGGUGAUGUGCUGUGAAUCCAACUUGACGGCAUUACAGUUAGUUCCUGUGAUGAAGGAGGCCAAAAUGUAGCUGUGACAUUAGGGUGGGGCAGUUAGCUUAACUCUGUUCCUGAGUCACAGACUAAUCCUCUGAUGCCAACAGCAGUCUCAGAGGUGACCAGCUUUUCAUUAGCAGGUGAAGGCAGGUGGAAAUGACAUUUAAUGUGCACAACCUUGUCUCAUUUACGGUAAAGCAUUCACACACACGCCUCCCCUUGGGCCUCAUGGCAGCCCUGUGUUAUCAUGAGGCUGGAGGAGCAAAGACUUUGAAGGAGAGGACACCGAAUGUGGAAGAGGUUCAUGAGGAAUGUUUGUGACCAUCGUGCUGCUCACCUUAUGCAUCCUUCUUGGGUCCGCAGUAUUACUCUCCGAUGUCCGACGAGUAUGCUGAGGCUCAGUUCCCACAGCUCCCAAAGAGGAGCCAGAAUUUCACUCAGACCUUCUGACUCCAAAGUCCAUGUUGUCACCUCCAAUGCUGUUGGUGGGCGUGUCAAUGGAUGCAAUCCUUUUGGAGGCCAAUUUGGCAAAGUCUAAAAAAAUUAGGUCUGGCCGGUGGUUCAGUGGUUAGACCACAAACUGAAGGGUCAUUGGUUGAGGCAACCAAUUGAUGGGGCUCUCUCACAUUGAUGUUUCUUUCCUCUCACUCUCUCUAAAAUCAACGCUCUCUCUAAAAAUCAAUGGAAAAAAUAUCCAGUGAGAAUUAACAACAAAGACAUCUAAAAGAUUAAAAAAACACAACACCUUUUUGACUCUCAAAUUACAUAUUUAGAAAUUUCCCCAGUGUUUUUACUGGAACAAAUUUAUAAAGAAUUAUGUACAAAGAUGUUAAUUUCAAA